UUGUCUUUACAAUUUUUCUAAUAAGAUAAAAUAUUAUUUUAUAUUAAGAUAUAUAUAUAUAUAUAUUUUUUUUUUGUCGAUACAAUUAUAAAUGUUUUCUAUAAAAUUGCGUGAAAUUAGCAUUUUAAUACUCUAUGCAGUUGUGUUUAUGGAAGCAAAUUACAAUAUUAAUAUUUAUUCGUAUAGUAAAACAGCAAUAAUUAAUAGCAUUUGCCAAUACGAUGGGUGGCGCCAACUAACUUACAUAGAUGGUGUGCAUUAUCGUAGUUUAUAUUAUAAAUUAGAUGAUAUUUUUACGACUGUCACUCGAAAUAUGACCAAAAAAAAAAUACGUGCCGCUGUUUUAAUACUUGGUUGUGCAUACGCUUAUGAUUUAAAAAAAAUAUUCAUUAUGGUCAAAGAGUAUAGUGACAUAUGUCAAAAAACUUUAAUUCAAAAGGAUAAUACUUAUGAAUGUACAACAGAUUUAUUGAAGAUAACUAAGAAAAUAACUUUAUUGGCAACAGUCAUGAAAGGAGCAUUGAUUGCAUUGGAUGUGAUAUAUAGAACAUCAUCAAAUGACUCAACAUACGAUUAUAUAUUAUAUCAUUAUUUGUCACAUUUACAGAAAGUUGAAAACGAUAUUGUUCAUUUCCCUCAAUCGCAAGAUAAACUAUUGAAUGAUAGAAUAAUCUUAUCAAAAAUUAAUUGUGUUUUUAAUAGAGAGAAGAGAAAUAUUAAAAGUGAAACAAUUAAUAAAUUUAAAGAAUGUAAAUUUAAUCAAAAUAUAUCUGAUUCAAUAUUGCAAGAAUUGAAGACAUUAACUUAUCAAAUACCACAAAAUGAAAAAAAAUUCGAAUAUUUGAAUAAAAAUAUUAAUGAUGAAAUUGAAAAAAUUGUUACAGAAAAGUUUUAUAAUUUAGGCUUUUAUUUUAACAUAGAUAUUCAGAUGAUUGAUGUACGAGUACCAGACGAAAAUGUUAAUAACAGAAGAAUGAAAGAAAGACAAUUGUAUCAGUCAUAUUUUAUAAGAUUAGAAAAAAAUAAAACUGCGACCGAAGUUGAAGAAUUAAUGGAAUUUCUUUUAGAAGUAUUAGCGUCAAAAGAAAAUAUAAAUGAUAAAAAAUUAAUUGAUCAAAAUUCAACUAACAAUGAGAUCGAUUAGAUUCAAGAUUAAUUUUUGAAACCCAAGCUAUAGAAAAAUGAAGAUAAAGUAUGUCUGUUUUAUUUUAAUUAGAUAUCAAAUUAAAUUGCCAUCAUAAAUUUCCUAAUAAUUAGCGUGAAGCAAUUUAGUAUAAUAAACAUAAAUUUAUUUGUAAGCAUUGAAAAUAAAAAUAUAUGUAUCAAAGUUAAAAAAUAAAAUAAUAUGUAA